AUGGAGAGCAUGGGCAUGUACCUUCGCGAUUACAGUCUGCUUGACGAGGCUUGGCAGGAAUAUCGCGCCUACAAAGCUAAUGGAUCAAACGACGAAAUCAGUCUUAAGCGUUGCGUCAAAACAUACCAUGCCGCAUAUGAUCCGAUCAGGAAGCUAGCCCAAUUUUGGGGCUUGGAAUUCGUGCCUCUCUGCGAUUUGCUUCAUACCCCGCCGGACGGCCAACCUCAUUGGGAUGGACCAUAUUGCGGCGCUUUCUACACAACAAACGCUCAGAAAAACAGCCCGUUUGUCGGAAUUGCCUUCAAAGUCACCAAUCCCACAAACCUACGAGACAUCAAGGUUGACUACAACUACCAACUCACCAGCGUUGGACAGCAUCUUGGCGGGGCUCCCACGAGAGUGUCCCUUGGUGUCUUCACUGCUCUUUUCUCCCGUUUCGAAGACAUAGAAGACAUUGCGUAUGAUUACAUAGUCGCUGCACUCACCAAGUGCGUGUCGACCAUACCUGGGCGCUCUGAUACCAACAUCGUCAAGGCUCAUGUAACCGGACAUUCCUUGGGAGGCUCCUACUCUUCACUAUUCUACACCCAAUUUUUCCAGGAUGGCGGAAAGAUCCCGGUCAACGUUGGAGAUGAGUACACAUUCGGUGCUCCCCGGGUUGGGAACGAGGAGUGGGCAACUUACAAUAACACCAAUUUCGGCCCGCCGUCUAAUUCACAGUCUUGGAGAGUGGUAAGUGACCAGGAUCUGGUUCCGCAGAUUCCAGCCACCAGUCUCAGACCUACAGAAUUAGAUUUCUAUCAUAUCAACAAGGGCAUGAAGAUAUUCAACAACAGUGUACCACAGCCCAUCCCCACCGAAAUUGGACUCCCCCCUCCGCCCCCUGUCCAAUUCAAGAGUCUGGCCGCUUUAAUCAAGGCUGUCAAAGAUUCGACCUUUCACUUACCGAAGUCCUACUACGACUCGAUGGUUUAUGCGAUCAACAACACCAAGUAG